CAUGGUGCUUCUGGCAGCCUGGGGCAGGGCCUGGUUCCAGCUAGGCUUUCCGAGCAUUUUGGCCUGCAGAAGACCCCUCCUUAGGGGCAGUAUGAUCCUGGGGCUAAUCCUGUGCUGCUGCAUGCUGGCUGUGCUGGCAGGGACAGUGGAAGGCCCCACACCAGUGCCUGAGAUCCGCAGGGUGGAUGUUGUCCUUGGCUGCUCCUACGUGGGGGAAGGAGGAUUGCCAAGAGCCUUUGGUGGCUCCCAGCAUCCAGCUACCCUGGUGCUGAGGGGACUCAGCGUCACAGAUGAUGGCACCCUGAGAGAUGUAACCGACUAUGAGAUCCUACAGGAAGACCACAGCUCCUCUGCUCCCAUCAUCUUUGAAGCCUCAGCACAGCUAGUGUCCAUCCCGUACGCAGAUGCCCUGCUGCAUGUGGAUUGCAGUGGGGAGGAGGUGAGCUGUGAGCUUUCCCCAUAUAAUUUUCAGCAAGAGGGCAAUGGUCUCUGCCCUGCCUCCUGGUUCCUAGCCACCAUUCGGCUCUCCAGCGGGAUCAGCAUUGCCCUGCUGCUCAGAGGAUCCAGCUGCAGCAGCCAGAAGGACUGGGGACACGAUGUGACACUGCACCCAAAGCUGAAGAUUCCAAUGAGCAAGGAGGGGACUCUGCUGACUACAGUGGAAUUUCAAUCAUCAUCAAACAACACUUCCCUGCGCACACGUCUUGGCAGCUCCAUCACCCUUGACUGCCACUUUGCCUUGGCUCCCGGCUUCCUACUGUCCUCCCUGGAGUGGAGGAGGCAGCACCGAGGCAGUGGUCGCAGCCUUUUCCAAUACCAUGUGGGGAAUGCAGGCCCGACAGUGCAGCCAAAAUUCCACGUAGAUGUGGAGCAGCUGCUGAGGAAUGGGGAUGCAUCGCUUACCUUGCAGGAAGCAACUGUGGAUGAUGAGGGGAUGUACAUCUGCUUGGUGUCCACAGCACAGCACCAAGUCCAACACAAUAUCCAGUUGCUGGUGGCUGAGCCCCCAAGAGUUCGUGUGUUCCCAACAGAGGUGUCAUUCAAGAGAGAUGAAACCAUUACUCUGACCUGCAACAUUGCUGGCUAUUACCCCCCGGACAUCUCGGUGAGCUGGACACAGAAGAGUCCUGAGGAUGCAGUAGAAAUCAGUCUCUCAAACACACGCUUCUCCAGUCACCGGCAAAGCCAAGAUGGCACCUACAGCAUCACCUCCUACCUCAGCGUCACGUCAGCCACAGCACAGGCUCCAGCCACAUACACCUGCCAUGUUUCACAUGUGGCUCUGGAGGCACCCAUCUCCAUCAGCACCCAUCUGAAGGCACCAGAACACACAGAAUUGGAAGGAUUGGUAGGAGGGGCCAUUGCCACUGCCAUUUUCAUUUCUGUCCUCUUCAUUGUGUUCAGAAGGAAAAGAGCAGCUGAACCAAAGCCAGAGCAACUUCUAACAGCUUCAGAGUAGGAGAACUCUCAUGUCAGCCACCUGCCCUCCACUGUCUCUCUUCUUUUAGAAUCAUAGAAUCAUACAAUACCCUGAGUUGGAAGGGACCCAUAAGGAUCGUUGAGUGCAGCUCCUGGCUCCACACCAGGAACAUCCAAAAAAUCAAACCAUAUAACAGAGCACUGUCAAGACACCUCUUGAAUUCUGGAAGCUUGGGGCUGUGCCCAGUGCCCUGGGACCCUGUUCCACAUCCUUCUCAGGAGAGUCAGUCUUGUCCAAGCACUGACAGAGAUAAUGGUACAGAAGGGGAAGGGCUUACCCAGCUGGAGGAUCUGAGCAACCAUUCAAGAAUGGAGUAUGAGAAGAGAAACAGAAAAGUGUGCUUUCACCUCAGAACAACAUGGACAACCUCAGCUCUGCUGGGAUGCUGCAUAUAGAUAAGUGUUUAUAUUACUGUACAUGUGUGAGUCUGUAUAAAUAGGUGUACAUGUAACUGUAAAUAGUUAUGCAAUGAAUUAACAUACAUUGUAUAUAGAUACAUAGCUGUAGAUGUAUAUAGCUGUAUUUUCUUAAUGUUUUAAGGUAUGAAGGAAUAUACUUAUGUACGUGUGUGUGCAUGUGUUUUAACUGUAGAGCCAGGCAAAUGUGUAGGCAAAAUUGGUUAAUCUUCAAACUGAGCAAGUUGCUUAUAUUGCAAGUCCAGCAGCAGGAACAAGAUGAUGAAAGUUCUCCCAUGGAAAGUUACAACAAAGUUUUUAAUAAAAAAUUGAGAUUUAAGUUUACAAAUUAGAGGUCUGUGGUUCUGCUGUUGUGAAAAAUAUGGAGAAAAUUAAAUGUUUUUAAAAAUAAAUAGAAUUGUGUAUUCAGAUUAGAUGUGGAUGUAUUGCAUUUUCAAAAUAAGGAGUGUUUUUAACUGUAACUAUUAAGCUUAAGUAUUCUUAGAUCAAUUGGCUGAGAUCAUUUGCAUCUCAGCAUCGUAAAAAAUUUGGCUGAGGAAGUGUCUGGUCCAAUUGACAUAGGUAUAUUAGAAUAUUCUGGAAAUCCCAAGAUACUGGAAAAGGAUGUGGUGCCAGCGUUCAGAGAGAAAGCAAGAUGACACAUGUGAGUGUUAGAUGGCAACAACCAUCUACCAGAGAGUGUAAAUCUCAUAGUAUUUCUUCUUUUUUUUUUUUAAAGUUGUGAGAAACAGACCCAACUUCAUUCUUUGAUGAAAUGUUUGGUUGAUAAAAGUACUGGUGCAGAUUUAACAAACCACUGAAUUUGUAAAUCAGCAUGACAUUCUGAAGAGAAAAAUAACAGUUGUAUAUGCAUCACAGUUUGCAUUGUAUAGAUUAGUUACUGCCUAACACAUAAAUUGCAAAGGUUAGAUAUCCAAAAAGCAGCAUUAAUCACUGCCAAAAGUGUGUGCCUCUGCAAGAAGGAAUGGUAAGCCCAGUACUUUUCAGUGCUAGGAGCAGGAGAUACCAUUUAACAUUAUUGUCAAUGGGAGUUGCAAAUGGCAAGUGGACUGAAUCCUUCAGAUCUACAGGGGCCAUGAGAAGUUCAUCUGUUCAUCUGAACAUUACCAAUCAAUACAAGAUGCUCAGUAGUGCUGGUGGCAUUUCCUUGUGUACCAGACCACCACACUGUUCCCAUGCCAUUGAACCAUAAAACUCUGUUAAACCAUCUACAGUACAGGUGCCCACACUUUUUAAAAAUAUGUAUGGAAAUUCUGGAGGUGAUCCAGGGCUAAAUGACCGAUUAGGAAGCUCAGAAAUUCUCUUCUAGGGAAGUGUUUUUGAAACACUGCUCUGAUCUUACUAUGACUGUUUCC